CCGCGCCUCCUCGCGAAGGCGGCAAGGGACCAACACGAGCAGCUCAAAGCCUGUUCAAGCGCUCUCGACAACGGCGCUUCUCUCCAUCCCACCACAACAACACAAUGGACACACUCAAGAAGGUCAUCUCGCCCGUCGCGGCGCCCGUGGCCGAGGCGGCGGCGUCGCUGGUGCACGAGACGCAGAGCGAGGCGCACCGCCUCUUCCGCGAGCAGCCCGGCCACCGCGCCGCGUCCAAGAAGGGCGCGCAGCCGCACGUCGUGCCCGGCAUCGAGCACCCCGGCUCCGUCGGCGUCGUGUACGUCUCGGAGCGCGCGGCGGCCAACGGCUACUACCCGGGCAACAAGGAGUGGGCCAACUUUGGCCAGGGCGCGCCAGAGACGGGCCAGAUCCCCGGCGCAGCACCCAAGCCGACGCAGCUCGAGGUCGAGGACUUUGGCGACGACAUCCACGAGUACGGCCCGACGGCCGGCAUCCCGGCGCUGCGCCAGAAGAUCGCGGACUACUACAACGUGACGUUCCGCAAGGGCAUGAUCCCCUUUGAGGCAGAGAACAUCUGCGUCGUGCCUGGCGGCCGCGCUGGCCUGAGUCGCCUGAUGAGCGUCAUCUCGCCGAUCAUGCUCGGCUACCAGGUGCCGGACUACGCCGCGUACGAGCCGCUGCUCGGCUCCUUCGGCAAGGUCCAGAGCAUCCCGCUGCAGCUGGCUGAGAGAGACGGCUUCAAGCUUAAAGUCGAGCAGCUGCGGCAGGAGAUCCACGACCGCGGCCUCACGGCCGUGCUGCUCUCCAAUCCGCGCAACCCGUGCGGCACGCUCAUCGAGGGCGAGGAGCUGCGCGAGCUCGUCGAGCUUUCGCUGCGCUCCGACACGACGAUGAUUGUGGAUGAGUUCUACGCCUGGUACCUGCACGAGGGCCCCGUCGGCCGUGCCGUGUCGGCCGCGCAGUACAUCGAGGACCCCAACGAGUGCAACCUGGCGCUCAUCGACGGCCUGACCAAGGGCUGGCGCUGCCCGGGCUGGCGCGUGGCCUGGGUUGCCGGGAGCAAGGACCUCAUCUCGGCCAUCUCGCAGGCCGGCUCGUACCUCGACGGCGGCGCCAGCCACCCAAUGCAGGUGCUGGCGCUGCAGAUGCUCGACCCGCAGCGUGUCGUGCAGGACCGCGAGGCGCUGCAGAAGCACUUCCGCAUGAAGCGCGAGUACAUGCUGAAGCGGCUUGAGCGCAUGGGCCUGCCGGUGACGGUGCCGCCGGUUGCUACAUUCUACCUUUGGCUUAAUCUGAGUCAGCUGAGCAGCCCGCUCAACAGCGGCCUGGUCUUCGCCGAGGAGUGCCUGCGCGAGAAGGUCAUCGUCACGCCGGGCAUCGUCUUUGACGUCAACCCGUCGCACCGGCGCAACAUCGUCGACAGCGCGUCCGAGCCCUUCGUGCGCAUCAGCUACGGCCCGACGAUCGAGGAGUGCGAGCGCGGCUGCGACGCCAUCGAGCGCGUGCUGUCGAAGGCACGCAAGGGCGAGAAGCUCGGCGAGGGCUACACCCGUGCGGCGACCGAUACCAAGGAGAAGCACAAUCCGCAAGCUCACGGCUAGGCGCCGAUCAACACGAUACACGCCCGAGCAUGCCUGCCCCAUCCGCUUAUAGAUGCGUCUUUAUUUGCUUUGCCUUGUGAACCAUCUGUCGGAAGUCCGCU